GGCUGUGUUGUGGUUUCUCUUUGUGCUUUCUGGGUUCUGUCUUCAUAGUUGUCGUGUUACUGGUGUUUGUUGUUGUUGUUGUUGUUGUUCGGUUAUAGCUUUGCAGUUUGAACAUCGUUUCAGUUCUGAUCCCAAAAUUUGGGGUCAGAAGAGUUUAGGUUGUCCAACUCCAACAGAGACACCCUUUACAUACUUUAUUUCUUCGUACGUGUACUUGUCCCAGCUUUUACGCUUUGUGCUCUGCACGCUGAAGUGUUGGUUUCUUAGAGUUUUUUUUUUAUAUAUAUUUGUGGUGAGAGAAACUUGGGAGAGAUAGAGGAAGUGGUUCACCAUGGGUGACAAGUCCCAAGUAUUGGAGGCUGUGUUGAAGGAAACUGUUGAUUUGGAGAAUAUACCCAUUGAGGAGGUUUUUGAGAAUUUGAGAUGUAGCAAAGAAGGUCUCACCAGUGAAGCUGCCGAGGAGAGGUUGGCCAUUUUUGGUCACAACAAGCUUGAAGAGAAAAAGGAGAGAAAAUUUUUGAAGUUCUUGGGGUUUAUGUGGAAUCCUCUGUCUUGGGUUAUGGAAGCUGCUGCUAUAAUGGCAAUUGCACUUGCCAAUGGAGGGGGGAAGCCCCCUGAUUGGCAAGAUUUUGUUGGUAUCAUCACCUUGCUUGUCAUUAAUUCAACUAUUAGUUUCAUUGAGGAGAACAAUGCUGGUAAUGCUGCAGCAGCUCUCAUGGCUCGUCUUGCUCCAAAAGGAAAGGUUCUUCGAGAUGGUAGAUGGAGUGAGCAAGAUGCUGCGGUCCUGGUUCCCGGUGACAUAAUUAGCAUUAAACUUGGAGAUAUUGUACCAGCUGAUGCUCGUCUUCUUGAAGGGGAUCCUUUGAAAAUUGAUCAGUCUGCACUUACCGGUGAGUCCCUGCCAGUGACUAAGGGCCCUGGGGAUGGUGUGUAUUCUGGUUCCACCUGUAAACAAGGAGAGAUUGAAGCUGUGGUCAUUGCAACCGGGGUUCAUACCUUCUUUGGUAAAGCUGCUCAUCUUGUAGAUACCACUAAUCAAGUUGGUCACUUUCAAAAGGUCUUGACUGCUAUUGGGAACUUCUGCAUAUGUUCAAUUGCUGCGGGGAUGCUUAUUGAGAUUAUUGUUAUGUACCCCAUCCAAGACCGAAAGUAUCGCCCUGGGAUUGAUAACCUUCUUGUACUUCUUAUUGGGGGAAUUCCAAUUGCCAUGCCUACUGUUCUUUCAGUGACCAUGGCCAUUGGUUCUCAUAGGUUAUCUCAGCAGGGGGCUAUCACAAAGAGGAUGACAGCUAUUGAAGAGAUGGCAGGCAUGGAUGUGCUUUGCAGUGACAAGACUGGGACUUUAACAUUAAAUAAGCUUACUGUUGACAAAAAUCUUAUUGAGGUUUUUGCGAAAGGAGUGGAUCCAGAUACUGUUGUUUUGAUGGCUGCUCAAGCUUCUAGACUUGAAAAUCAAGAUGCAAUUGAUUCUGCCAUAGUUGGGAUGCUUGCUGAUCCAAAGGAGGCACGUGUUGGUAUCCAAGAAGUACAUUUUCUUCCUUUCAAUCCUACUGAUAAGCGGACAGCAUUGACAUAUAUUGAUCGUGAUGGUAAAAUGCAUAGAGUAAGCAAAGGUGCACCUGAACAGAUCCUUAAUCUUGCUCACAAUAAAUCAGACAUUGAACGUAGAGUUCAUGCAGUGAUAGAUAAGUUUGCAGAACGUGGUUUACGAUCCCUUGCAGUAGCAUAUCAGGAAGUUCCAGAUGGAAGGAAAGAGAGUGCUGGAGGCCCAUGGCAGUUUAUUGGCCUUAUGCCUCUGUUUGACCCACCUAGGCAUGACAGUGCAGAAACAAUACGGAGGGCUCUAAACCUUGGAGUUAAUGUCAAAAUGAUUACAGGGGAUCAACUAGCUAUAGGAAAGGAAACAGGCCGCCGCUUGGGAAUGGGUACCAAUAUGUAUCCAUCAUCUGCAUUGCUUGGGCAGGAUAAGGAUGAAUCCAUUUCUGCCCUACCCAUUGAUGAGUUAAUAGAAAAAGCUGAUGGAUUCGCUGGUGUUUUUCCUGAGCACAAGUAUGAGAUUGUGAAACGCUUGCAAGCUAGGAAACAUAUUUGUGGAAUGACUGGUGAUGGAGUGAAUGAUGCGCCUGCACUCAAGAAGGCAGACAUUGGUAUAGCUGUUGCUGAUGCGACUGAUGCAGCUCGGAGUGCUUCUGAUAUUGUUUUAACAGAACCUGGCCUUAGUGUUAUUAUUAGUGCUGUGUUGACCAGCCGAGCUAUCUUCCAGAGAAUGAAAAAUUAUACGAUUUAUGCUGUCUCAAUUACAAUUCGUAUUGUGCUUGGUUUCAUGUUACUGGCUCUCAUAUGGAAGUUUGACUUUCCACCUUUUAUGGUGCUCAUUAUCGCCAUUCUAAAUGAUGGCACUAUCAUGACAAUUUCAAAAGAUAGGGUAAAACCAUCACCUCUUCCAGAUAGCUGGAAGCUAGCUGAGAUAUUUACUACUGGCAUUGUGCUUGGAAGUUACUUGGCAAUGAUGACUGUCAUAUUCUUUUGGGCAGCAUACAAAACAGAUUUCUUCCCGAGAGUAUUUGGAGUGUCUACUCUUGAAAAAGCUGCUCACGAUGAUUUCCGAAAACUAGCCUCUGCAAUCUAUCUUCAAGUGAGCACUAUUAGCCAAGCCCUAAUAUUUGUGACUCGGUCUCGGGGUUGGUCAUAUGUUGAACGUCCUGGUUUCUUGCUGGUGGCAGCUUUUGUGGUUGCUCAGCUGAUUGCCACUUUGAUUGCAGUAUAUGCAAACUGGAGCUUUGCUGCCAUUGAAGGCAUAGGUUGGGGUUGGGCCGGUGUAAUAUGGUUAUAUAACAUAAUAUUCUACAUCCCACUUGACAUCAUUAAAUUUUUGAUUCGAUAUGCUUUGAGUGGGAAGGCUUGGGAGCUGGUCAUUGAACAAAGGAUUGCAUUCACAAGGCAAAAGGACUUUGGGAAGGAACAACGGGAACUUCAAUGGGCACAUGCGCAAAGAACAUUACAUGGAUUACAACCACCUGACACUAAGAUGUUCACCGAGCGCACUCAUUUCAAUGAACUCAAUCAAAUGGCUGAAGAAGCUAAAAGGAGAGCCGAAAUUGCAAGGUUGCGAGAACUGCAUACACUAAAAGGUCAUGUAGAAUCAGUUUUGAAAUUGAAGGGGAUUGAUGUAGACACAAUUCAGCAAGCAUACACAGUCUGAAGAAUGCCUAUAUAUUUGCAUACUGAUACUGUAAAGGGGGCACAAUCUAAUGGUUCUGACUGCUGAGAGGAAUAGAAUGUUAAUGAUUACGCUCGUGUUAAGUUCAAUAUCCUUUUACUGUUAUGAGCACUUUGAGAGUGCUUUUGUAAGGUCUAUCUCUGUGUAUGCGGUCGCUUGUAAGGAAUUUUUAAUCUUGACUAUUUAAGAUGUAAUAGUUAAAAUUUGCCUUUCUUACUCAUAAAAACAGGCUCUCAUUUUACAAAUAAUUAGUUCACGAGGUGUAACAUUUGAGAUGUACAAAUAACCUCUAGUUUAUUUUUCAUU